GUCACCGCGAUGCGUGCAUAUAAAACAGCUGAAAGUGCGUGUGGUGGGAGGCACUCCCCAAAAUCGAACCAAACCGACUGCAACAUACCCGCAAGUAGACACCCCGCCAUACGACUCUGCUUCAGUUUGUGGUUGAGCUGCUUUCGAUAGCGGUGUGAGGAUUAGUGGAUCGCUCCUGAGUGAUCAAAUGUGCAGUGUCAGUCCGCUUGAAACGGUGUUAGCAGAGUAGAAAGUGCGUAUAAUCCAUUUAGCCAUGCCUUCAGGAUGCAUCUGCAUAACAGUGAUAACUGUUCUAUCAAUGUUCUCGCUUGUCGUGAGCAAACCAUUCCUUGGCGAUCUUCUGGCACGUGCGAUAGCUUCGUCCUCUACGCCCGACGACCCACAGUCGCACAUAACGGACUUUCGAAUGAUGAUGAAAAUGGACAAGAAGGCUGAUAAACUGCAGUUGAUCGACACAAAAGCGAACAACACUCAGCAAAGUCCAGAGGAGGAGCCACCGAUAACGUUCGCCAACGACCAAACGACCACGCCAGCAACCACCACUACGCUGUGGCAACGAUGGAACAGAACCGAUCUUUUGGCGCGCAUCAUCGACGACAUAAUCAAACCAGCACAGGAACGCAUCACGCUGGUGUUUCAAACCCUCGUGCCCAAGAAUGGUGCCGAAGAGCGGGACAAAAUGAAACAGUUCUCGACGAACGAUGACUCCCAGAUGGCAUCGGUGGCAGAACAUUCAUUGAACGCCACGGCCGACAAUAAUGACUCCGAUGAGCUCGAUUCGGAUCUUGAGCCACUGCAGCACGAUAGUGACUCUGCUUUGUUCGAUCGCGGUGCUAACGGAACCACGCUUCUGGGACAGUUUCAGGCACGGCGAAAGGUUCUGCGACGACGAGUAGCGAAGGCACUGUCGUCCAUUACCGGACUCUUAAUACUGGCAGCAAACACACGACGAGAAGGCAACUCGCGCAGUACUCGAUCGAUAACAGUAGCAUCGGACGGCGCAGACUUGUCGGGAAGGGAAAAACGUGCCCUGGUCGAGCUACCGCCCAAUGUGGUGGACCCGUACGCAGAUUAUACCGAAGCGCUGCUUGCGGAAGACUCUGGUGCUGAUACGGAACCGCGGCGCAAUAUGGAAACGGUCGGUAUAUUUCUGCUGGAGGUGCUCGGAUCGUUCGCUGGCUUUUCUUGGGGCAUCUUUAAAACGGCUCAGUCGUUCUUUUCGUACGCCAUAAGCUAAAGAUGGUAUUUCUCAGUUAGGGGCGAGUAAGUUACAUUAUGUAAAUUAAUAAGUAUAUG